ACUCGCAGCCCCUCCCCCAAAUUGACCCCUCCAAGCCAAUUUCCAGCUUUCAACCUGCUUCGGUACCUGCCGAGCAGAUUCCAAACCCUGCUCGUCUGCGACAACGUCCAGCGUCGGACUCAGACGCUUUCUCGAAUCGAAUUAACUCUCCUUUUGUUCCAUCUCUUUUUUUCUUUUCUUUUUUCGUGAUGCCUUCGCAGCCUUCGAACGCGGGUAUUGUCACCGAUGAGAGCAGUGGUGACCGAGAGAUCCCGCAGUCUGUCCGCGCAGAUGGCAGUACCCGCAAAGCUAUCAAAAUUCGUCCGGGAUACCGCCCUCCCGAGGAUGUCGAAGUCUACAAGAACCGCACUGCCGAGGCCUUUCGCGAGCGCGGUAAGAAGAUUGGCAUUCCAGGUGCCACGGGCUUGAAGGAAGAGAGCUCCGAACAGAACUCGGCUGCAAGCAACAAGAACGCCAAGCGUCGUGAGGCUCGAAAAAAGGCAAAGGCUGCAGAGGGUGAUGCUCCAGCCACUGCGGAAGAGACAAAGCCUGAGCAAGUCGAUCCCGAAGUUGAGCGCGAGAAAAAGGCCCGAAAUCUUAAGAAGAAGUUGAAACAGGCUAAGGACCUCAAGAACAAGAAGGAAGGCGGUGAGGCUCUGCUCCCUGAGCAAAUCGCAAAAGUGAUCAAAAUCAACGAACUCAUUAGAGAGUUGGAUGCGCUCGGUUUCGACGCCGAGGGUGAGCCUAAGAAGGCGGCCACUGACGACGAGGGCGAGAAGAAGGACUGAGACAGUUUAUGCGACUUGGACUCAAAAAUAUCACUGCAAUCCAAAGUGCUUUGAGCAGUUGCUGGUAUAUUCAGGGCUACGUUUCCGGGUAAACACUCUACUUCUCACCAAGACAUUAUAACCUCUGAUGCCAAGUCGGAUGACGAAGAUCCAUAUUUUUGCGACCUAUACCCAACUCAAUAUCACCAGAAGGCCGUCUCCAGCUAUUUGAAAGAUCGUUUAGCCAGGUUCCUGGUCCUUGCCAUCACUUGGAUGUACCUGGCCCUUCAUUCUAAAAUCGGCUCACCUUCUGCUCUUCCCGACACCCUUGUCCGUCUUCAGGACAGACGAGUAAUAGGCACGAUGCGCUAUGCGCGCAAUAGAAGCUUCAGGCUGGGUCGGGAUGUACCAAAAAUUGUUUUUCUGAGUAAAUUAGACAUCUAAUGAGAGCUACGAAGUUCCUCGAUAUCCAAUCAUCUUUGAGCCUGGAACAUCGGCCUCUAUAGGAAAUGCUGAAGGUCUUUGCACUCACAAAUGCCGUGCUGGUGGUAAGUAAUCUGAUGUAUAAGAACGUCUACCUGUAUAUGCGUUAAUUUGUACCGUG